AUGCAACAGAAAAAUCCUCCCCUGAAAAAGCAACGAACGUAUGAAUCCGUGAACGUCGAGGAGAUGGAAGGAAAAAGAGAAAAUCUGGAAGGAUGCAACCUCGUGCCGAAGAAGGAAAACGGAGAGAUAGAUGCAGAUUUGUAUUCAAGGCAAUUGGGAACGUACGGUUUUGAAUUAAUGAAUAAGUUGAUAAAACUGAACAUUCUGAUCGUGAACGUUAAAAGUGUCGGUUUGGAAUGUGCAAAGAAUUUGGUUCUCUCGGGACCCAAGUCGGUGUGUAUAUACGACAAUGAACUCUGCCAGGUGUCAGAUGUCGGGGUGAAUUUCUACAUCGAUGAAGAAGAUGUAGCGAAUAAAGUAACACGCAGUGAUGCUGUGAUAAAGAAGCUAAAGGAACUAAAUAGAUAUGUACAUAUAUACAAUUAUAAGGGAGAACUGGACGAAAAUUUUUUGCAAUCCUUUGAUGUGGUUGUGUGUUGCGAUGUGGCACACAGUCAUUUAGUUAAAUAUAGUAAAAUGGUAAGGAAUAUUUCUUCUCCUAACAGAAAAAUCGCCUUUUUAUGUUGUAAUAUUUAUGGCUUGUGCGGGUAUCUCUUUGUAGACUUUGGAAAGGGUUUUGUCUGUUACGAUAAAGAUGGAGAGAAUACGAAAUCCUGUAAUAUUAGUAAGAUAAGCAAGGCCACCGAAGGAGUAGUUUCUUUCGACUUCGAUAAAGGUGCCCCCUUCCAAAAAGGAGACUACAUAAAAUUUGCCAACGUAGAAGGAAUGACCCAAAUAAAUAACAAAAUAUAUAAAAUAAACGAUAUGCAAAAAUAUACUUUCACCAUUGGAGAUACUUCACAGUUUGAUGAAUACUUGAAGGGAGGUGAGUGUACGCAGGUGAAGAGUCACCUCAGAAUGAAUUUCCAACCGUAUGAUAUUGUUUGUGCAAAACCCUUGGCCUGGGACGAGGUGUCAACUGAGCAAGUGGGAAUGCAGAACUCUCCUACUGUGUUUGAAGGCGAAACGAUUUAUGAAGAAGUGCCUCCCCCCCAGUCCUUCCUCAUAUCAGACUACGCCAAGUGUGACAUGAGCAACCAGCUCCACUACGCCAUCCAGGCAUUGAAGAAGUACGAAGAGGAGAAUAACAAUGUGUUGCCACAGAAUUCUGAAGAAGAAGCCUUCGAAAAGGUGUUUCAGAUUGCGGUUCACCUAAAUCAAGCAGACAAAGAAUUGAAAAAGAUAUAUACCGUGGACGAGGUGAAAAAGGAUAUAGUGUUAAAGGUUGCAAAGUAUUGUACGGCUCACUUGGCACCAGUUGCCUCCUUCUUUGGAGGGUUACUAGCACAGGAGGUGAUAAAAUAUACAGGAAAGUAUAUGCCCAUAUAUCAACUGCUGUAUGUUGACUUUUUCGAAUGCAUUUCCCUUGGUGGUGAAAGUGAUAGCGGUAUAAAGAACGAUGAUAUCGCCAAGGAGAAUAGUAAAAAUGAUAACGUUAUUACUGUGUUUGGGAAGGCCUUCCAGAAGAGACUGAACGAACUUAAUGUGUUUCUUGUCGGAUCAGGUGCAUUAGGGUGCGAGUAUGCCAAGUUGUUUUCCCUAUUGGACAUGUGCUCUGUCGAACACAGCGGAAAGUUAACAAUAACGGAUAACGAUAACAUAGAAGUAUCUAAUCUAAAUAGACAGUUCCUUUUUAGAAGAGAAAAUGUAGGAAAAUCGAAAUCUCUCGUUGCAUCUGGAAUUAUAAAACAGAAAAAUCCAAAUAUUAAUGUACAAUCCUUGGAGACAAAAGUAGGACCAGAGAAUGAACAUAUAUUUAACGAGACCUUCUGGGAGAAACAACAUAUCAUUGUAAAUGCAUUGGAUAACAUACAAGCCAGACAAUAUGUAGACAAUAAAUGUGUUUGGUACUCUAAACCUUUGUUUGAAUCUGGUACUUUAGGUACAAAGGGAAAUGUACAAGUAAUAUUGCCUUUCCUAACUCAGUCAUACAACGAUAGUUAUGAUCCACCAGAAGAUUCAAUCCCUCUGUGUACAUUGAAACACUUCCCGUAUGAUAUUGUACAUACUAUAGAAUAUGCGAGAGAUAUUUUCCAAGGGCUCUUCUACAACACGCCUCUAAGUUUACAAGAAUUUUUAAAAGACAAGAAGGAGUACGUAAGAAAAGUGGAAGAGGAAGGAAACAAUGCUUCUCUAUUAGAAACUUUGGAAAAUGUAUUGUCUACACUGAGAGAAGUUUCUAAAGAGUGCAAUUUUAAUUUUUGUGUAAAGAAAGCUGUAGAUUUGUUCCAUACUAAUUUUAUCAACCAAAUUGAUCAAUUGCUAUAUUCGUUUCCAUUAGACUACAAAUUAGCUAGUGGAGAAUUUUUCUGGGUUGGUCAAAAGAAAGCUCCACAAGUUAUUUCGUUUGAUAUAAAUAACGAAUUUGUGAAAGAGUUCCUCUUCUGCACGUCUAACCUGUUCGCACAAGUGUACAACAUCCCACAAUGCUAUGACUUGAAGUACAUUUUAGAUGUAGCUAGCCAAAUUGAAGUAAAACCAUUUCAACCCAAAAGAGUUAAAGUAAAUAUGGAUGAAAAGAACCUGAACAAUAUUUCUAUCUCUUUUGUUGAUGAUGAAAAAUUAAUUCACGAUUUCUGUAAAGAAUUAUUAAACAUAGACUGUCAACACGUGAAGGUUUCGCCAAUCGAGUUUGAUAAAGAUGAAGAAACCAAUAUGCACGUGAACUUCAUUUACUCCUUUGCUAAUUUAAGGGCUAUUAAUUAUAAAAUAGAGACAUGUGAUAAAUUGAAAGCUAAAUUGGUUGCGGGAAAAAUUAUUCCCGCGUUAGCCACCACCACCUCUAUCAUUACAGGAUUGGUGGGAAUUGAAUUGCUUAAAUAUGUGAAUUAUUAUGGAUACGUUCAGAUGUACGUGAAGUCAACAGAAGACAAGAGAAAACAGAUGAAGGACCUGCUAUCAUAUUUUAAAAACGCCUUUAUCAACACUGCUCUUCCUCUCAUCCUCUUCUCGGAACCCAUGCCACCCAUCAAGAUGCGCGAUAAGGAGUACGACGAUCUCAUGAAGGGUCCCAUCAAGGCCAUUCCCAACGGUUUCACAUCUUGGGAUAAAAUAGAAAUCCACAUAGUGAACGGAACCAUCAAGAACCUCAUCGACCACAUAAACGAGAAGUUCAACAUCGAAGUGAAUCUGAUUUCCGUGGGAAACGCCUGUCUGUACAACUGCUACCUUCCUGCGCACAACAAGGAGCGCCUCAACAGACCCAUCCACGAAAUAUACUCCGACAUCACCAAGCAGAAGUUGCUCGACGACAAGAACUACAUUGUGGUCGAGGCUAGCUGUAGUGACCAGGAUCUCGUGGAUGUGCUCAUACCGUCCAUUAAGUUUAUCUACAAGUGA